AUGGCGGCGGGCGGGCGGCCGCGCGCCGCGCUGUGCGUGGCGCUGGCGCUGUGGGCCGGCGCGGCGCUGCCGCCGGCGCUCGGCAGGCGCAGCCAAGUGCAGACGCUCACGGACGGCACGUGGCGGGCGCUGCUGGAGGGCGAGUGGAUGGUGGAGUUCUACGCGCCCUGGUGCCCCGCCUGCCAGAACCUGCAGCCCGAGUGGGAGAAGUUCGCCGAGUGGGGAGAGGAUCUUGAGGUGAACAUCGCCAAGGUGGACGUGACCGAGCAGCCAGGAUUAAGUGGGCGAUUUAUCAUAACGGCGCUUCCUACCAUAUAUCAUUGUAAAGAUGGAGAGUUUAGGAGAUACCAGGGUGCCAGAACGAAAACUGAUUUCAUAAAUUUCAUCAGUGAUCAGGAAUGGAAGUCCAUUGAACCUGUUUCAUCGUGGUUCGGCCCUUCCUCUUUGCUGAUGAGCAGUAUGUCUGCUUUGUUUCAGCUGUCCAUGUGGAUCAGGCAUUGCCAUAAUUAUUUGACAGAAAAUGUUGGAAUACCAGUUUGGGGUUCAUAUGCCAUUUUUGCACUGGCAACUCUCUUCUCAGGACUGGUACUGGGACUUCUCAUGGUGUUCUUAGCAGACUGUCUCUGUCCAUCCAAAAGGCACAGACAACCACAGUAUCCUCAUUCAAAAAAACUGGCCCCAGAGUCAGCUCAGCUAUUGAAAAAGCUGGAUGAAGAGCAAGAAGCAGAUGAGGAAGAUAUUUCAGAUGAUGAAACAGAGGAUAAAGAGGUGUCCAACAGAAGCUCCUCAACGAAUGCUGUAAGACAGCGCCCAGUGAACCCUGCUGCUACAAUGGAUAAAUCUUAGUUUUAUUUGCAUGCAGGAUUACUGUUAGUGAGUCACUAACUCAAAAGGAGUUGGUAUCAAAUCCUUCAGCUUGAAGAGAGGAGUGACUCCUGUCAUGGUAGCAUUGAUGCAUUUCACUAAUUCAGAAAAAAAAAAGAUAUGCUGAAAAUAUCUUUGGCAUCAGGUAUCCAGAACUAAAACAUGCUGUUGCAAAUGGCUGAAACUUCUGCUGCCUGCGUGCAGAGAAGUGCCAAGAAAUAAUUUGCGUGGCUUUUCGAAUGACUUGUUCUGUAGUUGUUUUAAAGAAUAUAAAGCAGUGUACUUGUUGCAUUAGGGAACGUUAGGAGGGAAAAUGCACUAACCUGUUUGCUUUUAAAGCAUUCAGAAAAGUUUCUCAGUAUAAAUCUGCCCAGUUGUGCUCUGAUGAAGCGCUGAGGGGAAAAUUCCUUCAGUUAUGGGACCUUCUAUAGACUUCUUAUGUGACAGAAACUGCUAUAAAUGACCUGGUUCUUCUGCUGUGACAGUAAGUGCUCAAAAAUAAUCCAAUCUUCCUUCACCCCUAUCUCUUACUGGAGACUACCCUUCAUUUUGUAACUUCCUGGGACCAAGAUGGAAUAUGUUGAUUAUCUUCAAAACUAAGUAGCAACUGCUAGUGUUAAACAUUAGCAAGAAGGAUUCUCCCUUUAGAAUGAAGAUAUGUUUUGCAAAAUACUUGUAUUAGUCUGUUCUGCCUUUUUUCUCCAUGAUCUUCAGAAUUUUCAAGCCAACUUCAUUAUGAGUUAAAUUCAGAGCUCCGUGUUUCCGGUUUGGAGGAGAAAAAAUACAAUUUGAUGACUUGAUUUCUGUGUUUUGACUUGAAGUCAGAAGAGCAGCAGAAGAAUAUAACAUUAUUCAUGGUGUAGCAGGCUUCUUAAUCUACUUGCCGUAGAUGUGAAAGAUCAGAGGUGCCGUGUAAAAUGCUUAGUAUUGACAAAGUAAUUUCCAGCUGCCUUUGCGUAUUUGAGGAAAGAGUAUUUUUGAUUUCUCUUUACAAGCUUCUGAGUGUUUCCUUUUUGAAUGUAUUUGAGACAAAUUACCAUGGGCAGGAAGGCAGCAGAAACUGCCUGUCAAUAGAAAUAGCCUGCACUCCUGAGCUGCUCCUCGGUGCGUUUUCUCUUUAACCAGAAGUUAACUCAUAAUGAAAAAAAAAUGAUAGUGAAACUGUAGGAGAGCAUGAGUGUUUUCAGCCCCGUUGUGAUUGAUAAGAGAGUAUUCAGGGCAAUGUUACUGGUUUGGCACACGAGUCUUCUGCUCUUUCAAAUGCCGGGUGCCUGCUGUAGCUGCUAAGAUGUUGGUGUUUACUGCUAGAGCACAGACAAGUGGCAGGGAGAACUGAUCCAGAGGAGCUAAAACACAAGCUGAAGAAUACCCCAAAUCUCCUUUGGAAAAUGAUCUUCCUCUUCAGAGGAAUGAACUCGCUCUGAUCCAGCAUGGAAUCAAGUUGCCUUGAAAUAAUCAGAAGCAACUUCGAGGCGUUUCUCUCAUCUUUUUGAAACCUUAGCUGUAAAUUGAAGGAGUCACCUCCAGUAUAGAUAACUACCUUAAAUAAAUGGAAAUUUUUCAUAAUUAGGUUGCUGUGAUAUUUCUGUAAUGAGCUCACUGCCUUUACUCAAGAGGAGCAGAAGGUCCCUUCUGAAAUGCACCUUGUGCUUCUGCUGGCCGGUCACGUCCACACGCCGGCGUUGGGGGCAGCACGGAGACCUCUGCUUUUAGACCACAAACAAGAGAUUCUUACCCUAUUCUGAAGACUACAAGAAAGCUCUACUUAGUCAAGUAACUCAAGAUAACAGGUAGCAGGUCGCAAUGACUGCUUCAGACGGGGUUAGUUUCCACACAGGGUGCGUUGUGUGGAGUGAGAGUCCUACCCCUGUAUCCUGCUGUGUGGCAGUAGAGCUCUGCUUGUUGUUAAGACAUCAUCAGUAACUUAGGCUUAACCAAAUCUUACUAAAAUCCAGAUAGUUUGUACCUGCUCUCAACUUGAAGUAUUUCUUUUUU